AUCCUGAGCAACUUCUCUCGAGCGGUUUGGAUAUCACCCUCGCCACCAAUCGCCAGAGAUUCCAUUGCUUGAGGGAUUCUUAUAUUCGUGGUAUCCUGUGGAGAAUCGUCACUUGAUCAUCUGUCUCAUUCCUAGUACCGCCAAGAUGAUGGAGACCUACCAGUUAAGAGUUGUGGCUGUUUGUUACCUUAGCUGUCUUAUUACCGUUUUAGAGAGUGUCGCUCUGGAAGGCCACAAGAAUAUCCUGGAGCCCAAUCAAAUGCCGAUCAAACCACACAAGACGUCCCUUCUUCUUCUCUCCAGAGCUCUCAAUGCAAAGACCAAGACAGGAGAUGACGCAGCGGACAUAUUUUCCCAGGGGUCGUCUCGUAUUUCCCAUAUUAAUGAGAAUCUUCAUCAAUGCUGCAUUAAAGGAAAACAUAUAGUUCCGAUAGGACUUGACAUCACUGGAAAUCAAAAAUAUGUUGAUAUCGGACGAUGCCGUCGAAACUGCAGACAUAAAUUUCAUCAUCAUCACCAUCACUACUUACGACACUACAGGCACACAACACAAAAAACAUCAACAAAUGUGGAUUAUACAAUUACAGAAAAUACGUUUCAGAAGAACUGUUCCUUCUCCGAUUUGUGUGAACCAGUAUCCAGGAUAACAGAAAUCCACCAUCUACUGACGGGUCCACGAGAAGUAGCAAUCGUAGAGAAGUGUAGCUGUAGUACCAAUCCUCCAAAUUGUCAACGUACUUCCAGCAUAAUGCAUUUUUUUAAAGACACGCCUUUCGAAACAGCAGUUGAUGUAGGAUCUUGCUGGGGGUAUUGUAACGAGGGAAACAGUUGUGUUCCACUACGGAAUAGAACAAUUAGCGUUGACGGCCCAAAUGGAGCCACCUGUGUUCAAGUGAUCGAAGAAUGUCAAUGCACACAACCUUGUUAUAGAAUGGAGUUUCUGGAGUUUUAUUACGAGAGAAUAUGGAAUGAUACAAUAAAUUCUACCACGGAAGGCGUCAAGGAAAUUGAUGUGGGUCUCUGCGUUGGAGGAUGUAGACACUUAGAACAAGAUCUAUUCCACUGUGUGCUCAGAGAUGACAAGAACCCUGGGAAGUGUCUCAUGUCUCUUCGAAAAGAAGAACCACUCUGCAAGCCUGUUCGAUUCAACAGCCACGUGUUUACAACACGCAGUGGUGCAGCGAAAUCGGUUCUUUCCAUAGAAGAUUGUGCCUGUCAGUGAGGUAGGAGAAUCUCUUGAAUGUCAUGGAUGAGAGCGUCUUGUGAUCGGUAAACACUUGUGUGAGUAACAGCUGAACUAAUGCUGGAAGGCAUCGGCUAUUUUUGGACCAAUCCUAAUGUAAUAGCUUGCUGUCCGACGAGAUGUCCUUAGAUAUCUAAUGCGCGGUUUUUUUUAAAGGCAUAAAUAAACGCUUUCUUAUGUAACAGUAUACCUGCAAACAAAUUAAUGAGACUGAGAAUAACAUCUGUGUUUUCUGUUUACUUUGCGAAAGUUUUACAAGAAUUACAAAGGAUUUCUGCUAAUAUAUUAGUCUGCCAAAAGAAAAACGAAACGAAGAAGAAAUGUUGAAUUAUUAUACAUUAGGCUUUGUUAGCUUCCUUUCUUAUUUCUGUCAAAAAGCUAAAACACUAUUUAAAAGUUCAUGAGUAAUCAUGUAUAUUCUUAAAAUAUUUCACAUUUUCCAUAUAUUUGUACACCACCUAUUUCUUUAAUAAUAUCAUACGAUCAACUACUCUUGGUUGUCAUUACACUUUAUUUUAACGUGUCCUGUUUUAUUACUUAUCAUUUUAUUUCACUCAAAAUGUUUUUACCAAAUUUCGUUUGAUUGUAAGUUGUUGCAUACAGGUAAGCAUUUUUCAGACUUGAAUUACCCUUUAUAUUGCUUGCCUAUGUGAUUCUUUAUAUAAUGCAGAAUUAAAAUCUGUACAUAUUAUUCUUUUUUAUUUCUCUAAAGAUGUAAACUAAUAAUCGUUUAUCUCAUGAGGAUCUUUUCUUCUUCUGGGUAUUAAACUUUUUUUAUCACCACAGAUUAUAAACAUAAAUUUUACAUUAACUACUAUUUUGAAAUAUGAGGUUUUGUGAAAGAAAUUUGCAAACAUUCUUGAUGAAUAGUUAAAUAUUAAAGUUUACAUUCUAAGAAAGCUCUUAUGGAUAAGAAGGAAAAGUUGAUUGCAAUUCUAGCAAUGUUCGGUAUUUCUAAAUUGUUUAAGAUAAUAGUUGUCGCGUCAGAAGUUCCAGUUCAAUGAUUAUCUUCUGUCAAACUCUGCACUCAUAGUGUGGAGCGUUGUGGGAUUCAUACAUUUUAUACUAUCAUUAAACUAAAGCUCCUUUUUUGAGAGAAAUAUUGUGAAAUAAUAUAAAAACAUUUGAAGUGUUUAAAUUUAUUGUAACCCUUUCUUAUUUGAUACAACGUAGCCUUAAAAAAAGUUUGAUGUUCAUGCACAGGGUUGCCUUACUAAGCAUAUUUCUAUUCAUGUUAUUUUUUAC